GCUUCGUCCGUAUGGAUUCGUUCUGGACAACCGCUCAAUAUCACAUGGUUCUCGUCUGCCCCCUACCAUGGUGGCUACAGAAUCGAACUGCUGGAUGAAACCGAUGAAACGAUCGCACUGCUCACGGAUGGAACAAAUUUUGUGGGUGUGAAUGAUACGUCGAAAACAAGUGAAGUGCUCGAACUACCUGAAGGACUGGAGUGCACGAGGUGUGCCCUUCGAUUGGUAAGACAAGCAACUGAGCAUGGACGUGAAUUUGAGUUCUAUUCGUGUGCUGACGUGAAUAUUGUUGAAAGUGAGCGAGAUUGUAAGUCAACUUUCGACAGUAUUCAAAAAUAUUUUAAUAUUUCUGAGAUGAGUCAAUAA